AUGGAAACUACAACAAUUGGUUUCUUCCGUCUACUUGCAGCUUUGACUAAUAUAUGCCCACCGCCGAUCGAACAGCUUAAAGAAAUCAUCCCUACACAUGAAUCGAAUGGCAGUCUAAAAAUGAAUUUGCCGCAGUCGCUUUUAAGGAAACCAAAUGAGGCAGCUUACUAUAACAAACUUGAACACAUUUUGGAUGGCCAGAAUCAUACUGAAGCAUAUUCAUCUGAAAGGAAGAAGGAAAUUGUCGUAGUGGCAUUGUUAUCAUCAGGAGUGGCGUUCAUUUUAGCACUGCUUGUCAUAUGGAUACUAAGAAGAGUGAGAAAAUCAAAGGCAGAAAUGAAUAAGAAAGCAGGAAAAAUAGUAGAAACAAAGAAGAUUCAAUUUAGUCAUGAAGAAGUUUUAGAGAUUACCAACAACUUGGAAAAGGUGAUAGGGAAAGGUGGAUUUGGGACAGUGUACCAUGGUUGCAUGAAGAAUGGAAAACAAGUUGCAGUCAAGAUGCUCUCUUUAUCAACAUGUCAAGGAUACAGGGAAUUCCAAAUGGAGGCUGAGUUGUCGAUGAGAACUCAUCACAGAAACCUGGUCGCAUUCGUUGGGUACUGCGAUGAUGCUGAUGAUCGCUUGGCGCUUAUCUAUGAGUACAUGGCUAAUGGAAACCUUAAACGAUAUCUUUCAGAGAGAAGUCGGGAUUUGAGUUGGGAAAAGAGACUUCGCAUAGCAAUAGAUGCUGCACAAGGUCUAGAGUAUCUGCAUCACGGAUGCAAUCCACCAGUAGUCCAUAGAGAUGUGAAGACAGCAAACAUACUUCUAACCCAGAACUUGGACGCUAAAAUAGCAGAUUUUGGACUUUCCAAAUUACUUCCCAGCAACGAACCCACUGAUCAUGUCACAACCUUAGUCAUGGGGACAGUAGGAUAUCUUGAUCCAGAGUACCGCACUCAUAAUAGGUUGAACGAGAAAAGCGAUGUUUACAGUUUUGGUGUGGUUCUGUUAGAGCUAAUCACAGGCCAAACUGCAGUCAUUAAAAGCAACAGUGAGCACUUUACGCACAUAAAACAUUGGGUGGUUCCUAGGCUCCAACAAGGAGACAUAGCCAGAAUUGUUGAUUGUGAACUGAAAGCUUCAGAUUUUGAGGUGGAGUCCGUUCGGAAAGCUUUACAAGUAGCAAUGGCAUGCACAAAUUCCAUCUCCAUUCGAAGACCAACAAUGGACUCUGUACUUGCAGAGCUUAAACUGUGUUUGGAGAAGGAGUUAUCUAGGAAUAUUGGAGAUCAAAAAUCCAGGGCACGUCCUUCGACAGAGGAGAUGUUCAUAACAACAGCUUCUCCAUCUGAUGAUGAAGUGCGUUUUAGGCAUAGUGAUCACAGUUCCAUGAAUGCUGAAUCCAUGACUGCUCCAUUUGCAAGGUAG